AUGUACUUCAGCUACCCUUCUCCGGAUGGCAGAUGUCUGAGUGAAUUGACUGUCAGAACGAAGGACGAUCGACCUACUGAUAGGGUGCUAAUCGAGAGCCUCAAGAAGGAGUAUAACUCUCUUCGCCCAUAUUAUAUGCGCUUGAGAAGCCUUCGCGGCUUCAGCGCGAUACGUUUAGCACGGUUCAAAUACUAUGUUAUGAUAGAUUCCAAGAUACCCAAGGCAGUAGAUUGGAAGUGGCCGGAUCCAACGAAUUGUGAUUGGGAAUCAACUGGCGGGCUAGACGAUCCAAUUGAUGAUCCAGGCCUCUCCCAACUUAUGCUUCAUCUCUGGAUUCAACAGUGUCAUACGAACAAGAAAGAAACUACACUGGAGAAUGAGAAAGAAGGAUGGGUUACUUUGCUCAUCAUGAUAUUCAAGGACAAGACACGAACUAUACCUCUACACACGUCCGGCGCACCGCCACCGUUGGGUUUACGAGACUGGCCCAGACAUAUAACACUCUUUCUAUCGCACUUGAAAGCACCGAAAUCAGGCAAAGGUAAGGAGCCCGACGUCAACAAGCCAAUGCGCCUUGACAUGAAACGCAUCAGUAUGGAAAUCGACUAUGACACCCGCCUCGCUGACCCCCAUACGAUCUACUACCAUACGCCCAAAAAGCUCCACACAAGCCUCAAGCCUGAUCCCACAGGCAGAAAUCCACCUGUCGGAUGGGCGAUCUGGAUCGACGAAGACUUCUCUGUCCCAUGGUACAUAAUCUUAGCACUGAUACUCAUCAUUAUCGCCACCUGUGUCUUUGCCUCGUUCUACGGCUGGCCGAUUGGGAGCUAUAUAAUCGCGGCCAUAGGUCUAAUGAUGACAGGGUGGGUAUUACGGGCCAAAGAUUCCAAACACCCGAGAUUGUAA